AUGGACCGCCCGCACGACUCCCGCAGCGACCGCAACGACCGCCGCGACCGCGACGACCCCGCCCGCGACGAUGCAGCCCGCGACCGCCGCGACGCCCCCGAGCAGCACCGCCGCCUGCACGGCGCCGUGGGCUCGCCCUUCCUGGCCCAGCCGCCCCAUGGCUACGGCCGCGAGACCUGGGUCGACUUCCUGCGCGACGGCGGCGUCGACGCCCCUCGCAUGCGCCCGCCCCCGCCGCCAGCAUCGUCGUCGUCGUCGCCGGAGCCCGCAGCGCUGCCCUCGCGCCCGCCGCUGCCCGCUGGCCCCGCGUCCGCCGCGUCCGCCGCCAGCAGCGCCGACCGCAAGAGGCGCCUGACCACGGCCGAGCCGCCCAUGCGCCGCCCGUCGACCCUGCGCGGCCGCAGCAGCUCGCACGCCGGCUCCAGUGCCGACGCCCUCGCACCCCUCGUGCCCGGCCCGGCCCUGGCGCCCGCCCCCGCCCCGCGCGACCGCCCGCUGCCGCCGCCGCCGUUGCGCCGCGAGAGCGACCUGGUCCUGCCGCCGUGGCAGCCCGACGCCGCCGUCGCCCACUGCCCGGUGUGCACGCGCCAGUUCACCUUCCUGUUCCGCAAGCACCACUGCCGCAAGUGUGGCCGCGUCGUGUGCUCCCAGUGCUCGCCGCACCGCAUCACCAUCCCGCGCCAGUUCAUCGUCCACCCGCCCUCCGACCCCGCCCACGCCAUCAUCGACCUGACCGCCGACGACCACCCCAACGACAUGGCCAGCUUCGGCCCCUUCCGCAACCCCGCCCUGGGCGGCGGCGAGGAAGUCCGCGUCUGCAAUCCCUGUGUCCCGGACCCCAACUACAGCCUCCCGCCACAGUACCCCUCCUCGACUGCUCGCCCGUACCCGCACCCUCGCCUGCGUCCGCAGCACCCGCAGCACCCGCAGCACCCGCAGCACCCGCCGCACCCGCCGCACCCGCCGCAUCCGUCGCACGCCCGCCCCGACUACACCCCGGCCGCAGUGGCCCCCUACCAGCGUGCACACCGGUCGGCCUCCAGCGUGCAUGCUGUGCCACAGCCUGCUGGCCAAGGGCAAACGCACUCUUCGCGCGAUCCCUUUGCCAGUCGCCGGGUGAGCUACCACGACCCCUCCCGUUCGGAGGACCGUUGGCCAUCCCCGCUGCCAACCCUCAGCCACGUAUACUCCUCGCACAACCGCCAGCAUGAUCAGAGCUCGCCUUCGCACAUACCCACCGGCCCCUCCUACACACCACACCCAUACCAGCAACGUGCAGAACCAGACUUCAAUCCUGCGAGAGGAGCCAACAUGUUUCCGCGCCAGCUCUUCAUACCGCCCACGCAGCCUCCACAAAUCCAGCAGCUGAAUCCUCGACCCCGCCGGCAGAUUGCGGAAGAAGACGAGUGCCCCAUCUGUGGUGGAGAGCUACCAGCCAAGGCUCCGGACGGCGAUGAUUCUGCACGAGCUCAACAUGUCGAGGAGUGCAUUGCGCUACACUCGUCUUCCCCAGCCCCCAGCUCACUACCACGUCCGCAAGUGCAAGCCUCUGCCAGCCUUCCGGUUACACGCACUCGUGGUAUGAGCAGUGUAGGAAACGGUGAAGGUGCGAGCUCGCAUAGGCACAGCCAUGCUGCCCGAGGCAUGUUUCCAUACACUGCAACCGAAAAGGAUUGUGUGGAUGAAGACGGGAACGAUGCUGAAUGUGUCAUUUGUUUUGAAGAGUUUGAGGCAGGGGACAAGAUGGCCAGGCUGGUGUGCUGGUGUAAAUUUCACGAGAAAUGUAUCAAAGACUGGUGGAAGAUGAAAGGCCGAGGUGCAUGCCCUACACACCAGCUGCACGAAGAGUAGUGCUUUGACACGACUGCUCUAAAGAUCAUUGCUUGGGUCUUCGCAGACAAGUGACACUGUCCAAGGAAGGAACAUAGAACCACCCACUCAGCCAACAGACGGUUCAUUUGGCGAUUAGUUGCAGAUGGCGUUACGGUAUACCCACGGUUUCCACUCAUAUCAUAUUGUUUCUUUGCGUUUCACCCCCGGCGUUGCAGGACAGAAGAAGAAGGAAUGGAAGGCAGGUAGGGGACGCAGCAAGUCACGUCGAGUUGUGCAUCAAGACAUAGCAUGGUAAACUGGAAAAUCUCUACUCACGCCCAGCAACCAACGCCGUCCUCCCCCUUGCAUCCCGGUUUGCCAGAGCAGAAACUCUCAUUGCUGCGUACUGGCUGU